AACGCGUCCGUUUCCUAGGAGAACAAACUCAGUGUCCCCCUAAAGCAGCAUGGCGGCCAAGCUGGACAGCCUGACUAGCAGUCCGAAGGAGGCGGCCGUGGGCCAGCCCGGAGUGUCGCUGGGCAGGCUCGAUAUGACCCAGGAGGAGCUGGAGCGCUUUAAGGCCGCCUUCCAGGACCAGGAGUUCCGCAAGAUGUUCACCGAAUACGUGGAGGAACUCAACGACCCGGAGACCCGGCGGCGCUACGAGGAGGAGAUCCGGCUGUUGGAGCGGGAGAGGGGGGUGGACCUCCAGUUCGUGUACCCCAGCCCGGGCUAUGUACUGCUAACCAGCGCCAACCGCCUCAGGAGGUGCUACAUCAACGUGUGCAGCAAUGGCGUGAUCCCCAAGCCGCAGGCGGUCCGCGGUACCGACCAGAAUGCCAGAGAGGGGAGCCACUGGACCCUGCCCUACUUAAUCACCCCCACCAGGGAGACUACCGAGCAGGAUGGCAGCCGCUCCCUGCUGUACGAUGUGCUCUUUCACCCAGAGACCAUGGAGCUGGUCAGCAAGAAUGUGAAGUUCAAGCAGAUGGUGGACUCGCUGGCAAUGAGUGGGGUCUCUAAAUACUUCAGCUUGGAGCUGGACCGGAUCAACGUCAAGACUCUCAGCGCUAAGUACAUGGGGCCGGCUCAGAGUGCUGUGAUAAGGAAACCCAUCCCAGGGUUCGUUCCCAAUGCUGACACUCCAGCACCCCUGGAGGGUCCUUACCCGUACACCGAGCUCCUUAAAGGAGGAACAGGACGGGAGUCACCUGCUGCUCGGCCCAAGCCAUCUGUGCAUCCCAAGCAGGGUGUCCAUAAACCCAGAGCCCCACGCUCACCCCCCACAACUCCCCAUUAUACCAUCCGUCAAAGGUCACACGUGGAUUUUCAGGAUUACACCUUAUCCAGGUUCUCUGCACCCAGCCCUGUGCCUGAUGAGCUGGUGGUCACUGUAGACAUGCCUCUGUUAGAAUCGGCAUCCAGUGUCUCUCUUCAUAUCCUAAGCAAACAGCUUCAUCUGGAGUCCAAAGAACCGGUUUAUAAACUUCAAGUGGACCUCCCCUACAUGGUGGAUGAAAAUCGAGGAAAUGCCCAAUUCAACAAGGCAAAAAGGCAGUUGGUCCUGACUUUGCCUGUUGUUCGACAGAAUGUAAUGCAAUGUCGGAUGUGCCAGGCUAGAAACUAUGGUACCUGGGAUAACCGCUCCAGGGUCUCGGUCUGCCCUCAUUUCAUACAAAGUGUUUCCCAGUUACCCCAAGCAAUCACCAUGCCAAGGUUUUGUCAACCCAAUAACACUUCCUAUCACAGCAUGCAGCACAUUCUGACAUCCCCUGAUGUUCUGUGUCCAGUAUUCACUUGCACACAAGAUAAUACGUCUCUAUCGGUAAUUCUACACACUCAAGACGUGGACAAAAAGAGCGUACAGGUCAACGUGGAGAUUAACCAGUUUCAUAUCAGUUACCGUGUGAAACACGGCUAUACUUACUAUUUUUUGCUGAUCCAAUUUCUUCCCAAGUACUGCUUGAAUAGAAAUGAGCUGUCCAUUAAUGUCACUGAAAAGAAUGCAGUUGUUGAGUUGGCUAAAUCUCCGGAAAACUUUGGCUUAUGGAAAAACUUGUACUUUGGGGACAACAGAAAUCCAUUGCAGGAAAGAAAGUUUGUCUAUGAAGACAAUGUAGCUGAAUUUCUGGAAAGCAGCAGCCAAGGCCCACAGGUCCCGUGGUCUACACUUGAAGAUGAACUAUUGCUUGAAGUUCUUGAGCUGAAUGACCAGCAAGCUCAUAUUCAACCGAAUAAGUCAGAAGAAGAGGAUCCUUUACCACAACAAGAAGUGACUAAUCAUGUGGAAGCAGAGGAUAAUACAAUUUCAGAGUCAAGUCAGACAAGUACAACUAACACAUGUCCUAUAGAAAAGGAUGAUCAGGAAACAUGGCAACACACAAGUAAUAUAAAUGCUUUAAAUACAGCUGAGCAAACAACUGGCAGCAUUGAACAGCCAGAGCCUUCACUGAACUCUGCAGACUCUAAGCCUGGUGAAACUAUUUCCCCUGAAGUUGAAAGCACCGGAGAUCUUUGUGUAGAGAAGCGAUCCAGUAUUGCUAAAAAGGAUGAGCCUGUGGAGGAGGUUAAGGAUGUUGCUGAUCAAAAGCAAAUUACUGCACAAAAUGAAAGUGAUACAGUACCAAUUUUAAAGGAAGUUGAUGAAGAAGAUGGGCAUGUAGAAGUAAUCAAGGAUCACUCUACACAAUGUGCAUUCACUUUCCAGAAUCCUUUGUUGUUUGAUUUGGAUUAAGGUGUUUUGUUUUUCUUCUAACCUGUAACUCUUCUCAAAUAUUUGAGUGCCUCAACUCUUCAUAGUAAACAUCUGUUUCCUGACUCUCUGAUAGUUAUAUUUUUAUAUACCGGUACAUAUUCAUCUUAGCAGAUGGUUAGUUGUGGAAUUUGCGGGUGUGGUGUUUUUUUUUUUAAUUUUUUU